UCAGUGCAUCACACGUCUCGCUUACAGACAGCAUUUGUGUUUCAUGUUCCAUGUUAAAUACAGAGGAGGGCAUUGUGCUCUCCCUACCAUUCCAUGCCUUUCCCACGUGAGCAUCCCACAGCCUCUGACGUACCACACACAGUGACCUCCUCGCUGUAGCAGGUGGAGACGUGGCUGAUGUUUGGCAGCUGCUUGAGGUGCUUCCUGGUCUCAUGCAGAAGGUUUAAGACAUAUCGAGCGUGGAGCUGCUACUGGGAGAAAGGCAAGGGAUUAAAGCAGGAAAUCAGUGGCCUCUGAGCAGCACCACGGCUCUGUCUGCAAAGGCCCCACCAGGACAGCUCACAUGGGAGAAACUCGCCCUGGGACAAAUUCCACAGAAAUUCCAGCCCAGUAUCACAGCCCUGGGAAUUGCAGAGCACAAGAAGAAAAGUGUUACAGCUGCUGUGCAGCAGGGAACUGAGUCACAGUGAAGUCGUGGGCAAGAAGGAUCCAAACUGCCUAAGGAGACUGAAGCCUUCCAGCUGAAGACACGACAUGGUCCGAGAAGGAAGAGCACAAGUGACCUGCCUUGCUGUGCCUCCUCCCACGCUGAACUGCCCGAAGUUCUACCCCUGCUCACACCAGACGCUAAGUGCAUCUCGAAGAGCAAUCUGAACACGAGACAAGAGUGGAAUGAUCAGGUCUGCAUUCAGGGAGGUGAUGGCUGAAAACCAGCAGGGACAGGUUUGUAAAAGGCAGCUGAGGGAAAACCUGCCUUUGUGCAAGAAGGUGUUGACCCAGAGGUAACUGUGUGGAGAGGAGGAGCAUAUCAAAGUUACAAAUGAGACCUGUCUGCCAUCAGAUCGACCAGAAUCCAAAUGAAUCACCUAAAAGGAGAAGGGUCCCAGCCCUGCUGAGGAGGGAACUAGAGCUUUUCCCACUGGGAACUGGGACUGUGAUGGAGGCUGCCACUGAUAACACCGAGCUAGGCUCUGGAGGCUUGGCCAGGAGGUCAGUAAGAGCGCAGUUUCUGGAGAAGGUGCUGACACUGCCAAGGACAAGCUUCAGCUGUGGGAUGGCACUUGUCCUGGCCAGGGUGCUGCUUGGAGAGAACUGUUGGCCUUAGCAGCCCCUAAUGCUGGUUGGGACUCACCUCAGACCCCAAUUACCUCAUGGCUAACGAACGCAUGAACCUGAUGAACAUGGCCAAACUGAGCAUCAAGGGGUUGAUCGAGUCGGCGCUGAAUCUGGGCAGGACACUGGACUCGGACUAUGCCCCUCUGCAGCAGUUCUUCGUGGUGAUGGAGCACUGUCUGAAACAUGGCCUCAAAGCCAAAAAGACUUUUCUUGGGCAAAAUAAGUCCUUUUGGGGACCUCUAGAACUAGUAGAAAAACUCGUUCCUGAGGCUGCAGAGAUUACAGCAAGUGUUAAGGAUCUCCCAGGGCUGAAGACACCUGUAGGCAGAGGAAGAGCUUGGCUUCGCCUGGCUCUCAUGCAGAAGAAACUUUCAGAGUACAUGAAGGCCUUGAUUAACAGAAAGGAUCUUCUCAGUGAAUUUUACGAGCCCAACGCGCUGAUGAUGGAAGAGGAAGGUGCCAUCAUUGCUGGCCUCCUCGUGGGCUUGAACGUCAUCGAUGCCAACUUCUGCAUGAAGGGAGAAGACCUGGACUCCCAGGUUGGAGUGAUUGAUUUCUCCAUGUAUUUGAAAGAUGGGAACAGCACAAAAGGCAGUGAAGGAGAUGGUCAGAUAACUGCUAUUUUGGACCAGAAGAACUAUGUGGAAGAACUCAAUAGACAUUUAAGUGCUACAGUAAACAACCUACAAGCCAAGGUGGAUGCCUUGGAAAAAUCCAACACUAAGCUGACUGAGGAGCUUGCAGUUGCCAACAACAGGAUCAUUACACUGCAGGAAGAGAUGGAACGGGUUAAGGAAGAAAGUUCUUACAUCCUGGAGUCCAGUCGGAAGGUCACCAAGGACAGAACUGCUGACGGGCAGGCACUGACUGAGGCUCGGAAACAGCUGAAGGAGGAGACUCAGCUGCGGCUGGAUGUGGAGAAGGAGCUGGAGGCGCAGAUUGGGAUGCGGCAGGAGAUGGAGCUGGCCAUGAAGAUGCUGGAGAAGGAUGUUUGUGAGAAGCAGGAUGCGCUGGUGGCACUCAGACAGCAGCUGGACGAUCUCAGGGCCCUAAAGCAUGAACUGUCCUUCAAGCUGCAGAGUUCAGACAUGGGAGUGAAACAGAAGAGUGAAUUAAACAGCCGCUUGGAAGAGAAAACAAAUCAGAUGGCUGCCACCAUCAAACAGCUGGAACAAAGAUUGCGACAGGCAGAGAAGGAACGGCAGCUGGCCCAGCAGGACAACCGGCUCUUCAAGCAGGAGUUUGGGGACAAAAUCAACAGCCUGCAGCUGGAAGUGGAAGAGCUCUCCAGACAGCGGAACCACCUAGAACUGGAACUGAGGCGGGAAAGAGACAGAUGGUGCCACAGUCAGCAGUGUGGCCAAGAACACAAAAAAGGGCCAAAGAACUGGCUAAGACAGGAUGGGAAGGUCAAAAUCCAGGAAGAAAAUGCUAAACUGAAACAGGCACUGAGAGAGGAGAACAGUGUCCUGCCACACAGGUCACCAAGCAGCAAGCAGGAAGAACAGGAGCAGCUGUUGGGCCCUGGACAUGCUGAGAUGUGCCAGCUCUGCCAGGAGGAGAGCAGCCGGAACCGAAGAAAGAACACCUGCAAGAACUGUGGGGGCACCUUCUGUGAAGCCUGUUCAGUACACGAGCUGCCCCUCCCAUCCAGCAUCAACCCUGAGCGUGUCUGCAAUCCCUGCCACCAGCAGCUCAUCCAGCAGUAUUCCAGCAGCCCCUUGUAGGGAAUGGGUGGCAGAGGGGUGACAAUGGUUGUAGCUUGAUGGUGUUUCUGGAGUUGUUCAAGGAGAACGUGAGGACACUUGCUUGUGUGCUUUGGAGGUUGGAGGGAAGCAGCUUCUUGGUGUUUAGAGUCUCUCGUGACUAAAGCAACAUUCUGAGCCUUCCCUGUACCAAAUCCAAUUGUGUUGCGGAGAACUGCAUUGGGAAUGUCACAUGGAGCAGCCCCAGUGUCUGCUGGAGCAGUCUCAGGGCUCAGGGAGCCCCUGCCCAAACCAGAGCUGUGUUUGCACGUGUAAGUUGGGAAUGUUCUUGCCCUCACACGUGUGGUGUUGGGCAUGUGCUGCUGCUGAGCAAAGGCUCCCUGAAACCCAGCUGGAGCACUGGUAUUCCUCAUGUCUGGCUGCACUUGAAAUCCCAUUUCCUUUCCCAGCUGUCUUGCACAGUCUGGCUCAUCCCUGGGACCCUGGUACACAGUGUGAGCAGGCCAAGUGAGGCACUAGUGAACAUGUUCUACCUGCAUUUCCUUGGCUCAGGGCUCUGGCCAAGGGCUUGCUCUGCCCAGGGAAACCCCAAACCAAGCUGUGAAUGGUCUGUUCCCCCUCUGUGCUUUAGGAGAUGGGCCAAAUUCCCAUCACGCUCUGGUUUAGGGCCACUUGGAUCCACCUCUCCCCCUUGCGCACAUGGAAACAUUGUGGCCACAAACCUGGCAUUUCACUUUUUGUUGUAUCAAAAUAAAAUGGGAACACUUUUCACCUUUACCAGUUGUAAUUGCAAACACAGUUCAGAGAGGUUUCAUGGUUCAUUCUUUGUUGCUGUUCCCUCAAGGAAUUUUGUUACUCCAAAGAGCGGUGGUGGCUUCCUUGUGUCACAGGAGUGUUCACUCCUUUUCCCACUGGCACCUCCUCCAGUCUCAGACCAGAGAAUGUUCCACAGUCCAUAGCAAAUGGAUGCAUUGAUGUGACAAAUGCAUUGGGGUUUGUACAGAUGUUAUUAGGGCUUAGUGGUUAAUUCCUUGGAGGGGAAUUAACCCUAGUUAAUAGUAGUCUUUAGAGUGGCUGGAACUGCAGGAAAAGCUUCUCAGAGCUGAGGUUACUGAUGUGGUUGGUGCUGGUUUGUACCAGGAAUUAUUUCUCCUAGUUCCCUCUAGGCCUUGGUGUGUUCAGCCACCAAACUUACACUCUUGUUUGCUCUUUUCCCCACCUGUGGCAGUUUCCCAACCCCUUUCCUUGCCGCUAUUCCUUUAAAGUAGGACAGGAGUUGUAAACAGUGUUGAGAUACAAGAAGCCUGGAAUUCAAGUGAAUUCCUGAAUUCUCUGAAGGGAUGACACACUGGAGAUGGAUGGAGAAAACACUGAAUUUAGUGUCAGUAGUUUUCUGUACACACUGUGUAGGUCCAAACCAGUAAAAUUCUUGCAUCCAAGCCCAGUGUGACUCAUCCCCCAAGGAGAAAGUGAGACCUAGGCAAUUUCCCUAGUAGAGGGAGCAUUAAACUGGACACGGAGAAUUAAAUUCUAUGGAGCAGGGAGGUGGCUGAGACCCCUUCAGAGCACAGCACUGGUGGCUGCCAGCUCCCUCUGUGCUCAGGUACUGCGUGUGAUGCCAGCGUGGGCUGACACCUGGACACUGGGGUUGGGAAGGGGGGGGGGGGAGCAGGUUUUCUGAUGUUAAUUUUGUUCCACACAAUAAAGAAAAC